UUAAUUUUCAAAUAAAGUUAAAAAAUCAUUAGUUUGCAAAACAUGGAUAUCUUGAGUGUGGAAGAGUGGGGCAAAGGCGCGCUGCAGCAGAGCUGCGGCUGCAGCCCUGCAGGAGCGGCGGUGCAGAGGGAGAGAGCCGAGCAGCAGCUGGAAAUGUCCCGCUACGAGUCUGGACUCUCGCUCGUGGAGGGCGGAGACCCACGCGCCUGGCCGGCUCCGGCCUCCGGCACCUGCGCGGCACACGCACACUCCCCGGAGCACCUGCGGCACUCGCCGUGCCCGAGCACCGGCUCCUGCCACGAGAGUGUCUCCCCGGGCUCCUCCUGCCAUCCCAGCCCCUCCAGCCAGAGGAAAGCUGCCAAGAGCGCCUCCUCUUCCUCGCUCAAAGUGCGGGAUCUGUGUCGUCUGAGCGCCUCCCUGCUGGGCUCCGAGGACGAGGCGAGGCAGAGAGCCCCGUCCAGCAGGCCGGCCAACGGGGUGCAGAAGCAGAGGCGGGUGGCCGCCAACGCCCGGGAGAGGAGGCGCAUGCACGGCCUCAACCACGCGUUCGACGAGCUGCGCAGCGUCAUCCCGGCCUUUGACAACGACAAGAAGCUCUCCAAAUAUGAAACUUUGCAGAUGGCGCAGAUUUACAUCAACGCGCUGGCCGACCUCCUCGAAGGUCCGGUUUCUUCCAGCAGCAGCAGCAGCAGCAACGCUGGCAGCUCCGAUAAUGACAACAAUUCGCCAAAGUGUGAGCUCAUGCUUUCCUCCGCCGGGGGUUAUGACGGGGACCAGGACGGGGCUUCCCCGCCUCUGGCCAGCUGCAGGACAGCGCAGCCCGGGUCGGCCGGCAGCUUACCUGGCAGCUUACCUGGCCACAUGGGCGGCAUGACCUUCCAUGCAUCCUUCGAGGAGAGCAGUUUCUCCGCCAGAGUGGAAGAGGUGAUGCGCUCCCCGUCUCCUUCGUCCUCCUCGCGAUCAGGCGCGUCGCAGUUCGCGGGUGGGAGGAGGAAGGAGUCCCCCAGAAGUGAUGGAGAGUUCUCCCCGCACUCCCACUUCAGUGACUCGGAUGAAAUAGCGAUGGAGCUUCAUUCAAGUGAAGAAGAUGAUCUGUCAGAACUCAAGCGCCCCAGCCGCCACCAUCACACCGUCUCUUUCUGAACGAUUAUAAUUAAGAAAUUAUAACAUAGACUAUAUGGUUCACUACAGCCUAGCCUAUACAACAAAAUAAGCCUAUAUCCACAAACUGUGUCAAUCUAUAGUCUUGCAUUUUUAGGAAGAACGGGAUUUGAUACUUAAAAAAAAGAAAUCAUGUUUUUUUUUUCUCAACUUGUUGCAUUUUUAAUUUUCACCUGCGAAAAGCCCGAUCUGGUUCUGCCACUAAAUAUUGCUACAUCCUAUAAUAAUCCGUUUCCAUGGAGACGUGGCUGGAAGUCCCCUCUGCCAUGUCGCGCAUCGCACUGCCAUGGGCAUUUUCCACGUCACUCCGACCAAAAUACUGUCUUCCAUAAAAGGCUAACUUUAUGGAUAAUUGCUUAACUAUGUGAAAUUGUAAAGACAUUUUUUUUGCUAUCUGAGCUUUGUUGAUUUUUAUGUUUUUAAUUGAUCAUUUUGUUUGUCUAAUGUAUUUCAUUUAACAACUUCAAAAGUUCAUGAUAUGCACUUUAAGAUAUGUCCAUGGGCCAGAGGCUUCAGAUUUGCGUUUUUGUUCCCCAAACCAUAAACAAUGUAGUUUUGCUUUGUUUGCUCAUAGGCUAUAGUACCGCCAACUUCAUACAAAUAGCCUAAUUAAUGUAGCCAUCAUUGCUGCCUUC